AACACUUCAACAAACAACACUUCAACAAACACCACUUCAACAAACACCACUUCAACAAGCACGACUUCAACAAACACGUCUUCAACAAACACGUCUUCAAACUCAACCACAUCUACAAACGGCUCUUCAACCAACUCUACUGUAGUAGCUGCAGUAUUCAACUUGGUCUUUAGCAUCAAUGAAACCUUUUAUCCAGCACUGGCCAAUACCAGCUCUCCAGAGUUUACAGCAAAAGCUCAAAGUAUCCGUAAUCAGCUUGAACCAAUUUACAAACAAAUCUUCAAAAACUUCCUCCGGAUGGUAAUUUAUGGUUUCAGGAAUGGUUCGAUUGUGACCAAUUCAAGCCUUGAAUUUACUGCCAAUGGCACCAUCCCAACUAACUCCACAGUAAAAGACGUCCUUGUUAAUGCGACUAGCACCAACUCAAGCUUGAACAUUAUUCCAAAUUCUAUAAAUGUCACCCAGACUGUUGAGACCAACACCUCUUCAACAAGCACGACAUCAAACACAACCACAACCACAGCUUCAACCACAGCUUCAACCACAGCUUCAACCACAGCUUCUACAGUAAUACCGCCAGCUCCUCCAAAUACAACUGCAAUUUUCAACAUGAUCUUCAGCAUCCUAGAAACGUUUGAUGCAGCAUUGUCCAAUACCAGCUCUCCAGCGUUUGCAGCAAAAGCUACAAAUAUCCGUAAUCAGGUUGAACCAUUGUACAAGAAAGCCUUUAAAAACUUCGUCCUCAUGCAGAUUGUAAAAUUCAGGAAUGGUUCUAUUGUGACAGAAAGCAACGUUUAUAUGAAUUCUAGUGGCCCAAAUGUUACUGCGACCCAAGUGAAAAAUGUCCUUCUCAGUGGACUUAACAGCUUGAACUUUAUUGUUGAUCCAAACUCCAUCAAUGUCACCCAGAUUCUUGGUAAUUCCAUGUCACCAGUGAUUGCCAGUUCACUUUCCAUGAUAUGGAUGUCUCUUCUAUCACUUCUACUUUCAGUGGCAUUGCACUUCGAGCUCUACACCUGAUCAGAUAUAUAAUUUUUAUAAUAAUUGACAAGACAAAGGGAACAUGGGGAAAAUGAUUAAUCCUUAUAAACAAAGGUAUCUUCACAUAAGAAAUACUAAUAUUUUGAUUUGUUGAAACUGGAGACUUAAUGAGGGUUCUGAUUUGCUUGAAACUUUCUCCACAUUCUAAGAGUCCUACAAGGAUUUUCUUUCACUUAUAUUUACAUCCAUAUAUAAUUCUUUGUACUACACAGUAUAAUUUCUAAACACUUACUUGUAUAUUCAUACCUACAUAUAACUUCUCUAUAUAAGUGUACAAUGAUUAUAAACAUCAUAUGAAGGAAA